CAAUCUAGCCAACUAGCCAGCUUCGUUUCAUCCCGCUUUUAUUGCAAAACGUCACACACAGCACGGGUGGAGAAAUUGAAAAGAUACGAGAGAAGAUAAAAACUUAAAGAAAAUGGAAGCAAAAGGGCGAGUUGCCCUAAUAACAGGAGCUGCAUCCGGCAUAGGUAAAGCGUAUGCCAUCGAACUGUUGAAUCAAGGUGCCAAGGUGGCUAUAUGUGAUAUAAAUACUGAAGAAGGAGAGAAACUGGUAGAAACAUUAUCCGAAAAAUAUGGUAAAGGUCGUGUAAUCUUUUCGCAGUGCGAUGUCACGGAUUAUCUGCAAUUCGAAGAAUCGUUUCAGACAACGAUCACGGAAUUCGGUCAUAUUGAUAUCGUUAUCAACAAUGCUGGUAUCAUGAAUGACCGAUUUUGGGAGCUUGAAGUAGACAUUAAUCUUAAUGGAGUAAUACGCGGUACUUUGCUUGCUCAACGAUUUAUGGGCACCGAUAGGGGUGGUCAGGGUGGUGUCGUCAUCAAUACUGGCAGCAAUGUCAGCAUUAACCCUUACGUCAGCGUACCAAUUUAUUCUGCAACAAAAGCAGCUCUUGUCAGCUUCACCAGAGCUUUUGGGGAUCAAUAUCAUGUAGAUUUAACUGGCGUUAAGGUGAUGGCACUUUGUCCGGGUGCUACAGAUACUAAAUUGGUACGUGAUGUGAAUAGAAAACUUCUUUUGGCUCGAUAUGAGGACGCCUGGCAAAAAGACAUGGUUUCAUCAAUUCCUCAAAGGGUGGAACACGUAGCGAAGGCGUUGAUACACGUGCUCAGCACCGGCAAGAGCGGAAGCGUGUGGAUGGUGGAGAAGGACCAACCGCCGCACGAAAUCAGUUUUUCAAAAUUCGAAAUUUGCGUUAUCUCUCGAAAGUAUAUUGAACACAACAUAUUUUUGAUGGAGAUUCAAGGGAAAACCGUGCUUAUCACCGGUGGAGCCAACGGCAUCGGCUAUUGCACCGCCCGAGAAUUACUUCGAAGCGGAGUGAAGGCCGUUGCAAUCAUAGAUUUGCCCGAUUCGAACGGUGAAAAUGCAGUUACGGAAUUGGAGAAGGAAUUCGGUGCGAAUCAUGCUAUUUUUCUUAUUGGAGAUGUAGCGAAUGCUGAAGAAUUGACAGCUUGUUUCAAAAAAGCAAUAGAGUCAUUCGGCACACUAGACAUUGUUAUCAAUAAUGCUGGUAUCAUGAAUGACGCGGAAUGGGAACCAAUGGUUGAUGUUAAUUACAAAGGAGUUGUACGUGGCACGAUAUUGGGCUUGAAUCACAUGGGAAAGCAUAAGGGAGGGAAAGGUGGUACUAUCGUCAAUAUGUCCUCUAUAAUCGGCCUGCAAGGCAAUCCGAUUGCUCCAAUUUAUGCUGGGAUAAGUUUUGCCAUUGUUGGAUUUACCUCAUCGUUAUUGACUUUCUACGAGAAAACAGGCGUACGUGUAUUAUUAAUAUGCCCUGGUCUUACAACUACUGGCUUGGCCUCGAAGUUUAUGUCAAGCAAGAUCUAUGCGAUGGACUUACUUGACGACGAGAUCGCUGCCAAAGAGAUGACGACAAUGGAGAGUCAAUCAUCCGAGCACGUGGCAACUGCUAUUGUGGAAUUGAUUGAAAAAGGAGAAAACGGCGCGGUCUUUGUCAGCGAAAACAAUCAACCUACUUACGCCGUACAAUUACCAAUUUACACUGAUUUGAAGAUUUCGGUGUAAAAUCUGCAGUUUGCAAUGGCGAAUUAUCCUUGUUACAGAGAUACCAAUACUGUGUCUCAAUACUUCCAUGAUUUAAAAAUAAAUACAUUAUUCAAACAACAAUUCUAAAAAUAGAUUUUAUAGUUUUACAGCGCGGCAUGAAAUCUCAGACCAUCAAAAUUUUUCUUACGAUGCAUUAUGUUCAAAUAUUAAAUUCAUUUAUUAUUUAUCCUC